CAGGAGUUGAAUUGAUGCCGAUAUGCUAGCACCACCAAUAGAGGCUUAGCUUGCUACACCAUUGCACCAGCCCCAGAUUUCAAUUCUUGACAAGCAUCAGUUAGAUUUAUGUACUGUUAGAUGGUGAAUUUAGAGGACUAGGGAACCAUAACCGAUAUGUCAGUGCUUCUGAUCCUAAUCUUGUUGGAGGUUGUUUACAAGACAGUGAUGGACAAGAGAGGCGAAUUACCACUGAAUGAAAACCCCCUUGCCCAGAAUCACGACAUAUUAGGCUAGGAUGCUAUGAUAUAGCACAACCUUAUGAAUUGUAUCUUUUAUACCUAGGUCCUAUUGUUUGUUGCUUUAGUCUGUCUGAAGCAGGCCUGCACAGUUGCCAGCCAGUGAUAGGUGCAUUUAAAGAAAGUCUGACUGAAUAUUGACUCUGGGCAUUACAGUAAGGGAAGAAGAGACGGAAAAGAGAGCCUUUUAAUAGACAUAAGAUUUAUUGUCUAGGAUAGAUUUGGAUGAACUCAUGAAAAAAGAUGAACCUCCUCUUGAUUUUCCUGAUACCCUGGAAGGAUUUGAAUAUGCUUUUAAUGAAAAGGGGCAAUUAAGGCACAUAAAAACUGGAGAACCAUUUGUUUUUAACUACCGAGAAGAUUUGCACAGAUGGAACCAGAAAAGAUACGAGGCUUUAGGAGAGAUCAUCACGAAGUAUGUCUAUGAACUCCUGGAGAAGGAUUGUAAUUUGAAAAAAAUCUCUAUUCCAGUUGAUGCCACUGAGAAUGAACCAAAGAGUUUUAUCUUCAUGAGUGAGGAUGCUCUGACAAAUCCCCAGAAACUGAUGGUUUUAAUUCACGGGAGCGGAGUUGUCCGGGCAGGCCAGUGGGCCAGAAGGCUUAUCAUCAAUGAAGAUCUGGACAGUGGCACACAGAUACCUUUCAUUAAGAGAGCUGUGGAUGAAGGCUAUGGGGUAAUAGUCCUGAAUCCCAACGAAAACUAUAUUGAAGUCGAAAAGCUCAAGUCUCACGUGCAGUCAUCUUCCGACGGUUCAGAUGAACCAGCAGAAAAGCGGGAAAGGAAAGAUAAAGUCUCGAAAGAGACAAAGAAGCGGCGUGAUUUCUAUGAGAAGUAUCGAAACCCCCAACGGGAGAAAGAAAUGAUGCAGUUGUAUAUCAGAGAAAAUGGGUCUCCUGAAGAACAUGCUAUCUAUGUUUGGGACCAUUUCAUAUCCCAGUCCGCAGCUGAGAAUGUGUUUUUUGUUGCUCACAGCUAUGGAGGACUUGCAUUUGUUGAACUGAUGAUUCAACGAGAAGCAGAUGUAAAAAGCAAAGUAACUGCCGUGGCAUUGACAGACUCUGUUCACAAUGUGUGGCAUCAAGAAGCUGGCAAAACUGUUCGAGAAUGGAUGAGAGAGAACUGUUGUAACUGGGUCUCUAGUUCUGAACCAUUGGAUACAUCAGUGGAAUCCAUGCUGCCUGACUGUCCCAGAGUAUCGGCAGGCACCGAUCGCCACGAGCUCACGUCCUGGAAGAGCUUCCCGUCCAUCUUCAAAUUCUUCAGCGAAGCGUCGGAGGCCAAGUCCAGCUCCCUGAAGCCGGCGGGGACGCGGCGCUCGCACCGAAUAAAGCACGAGGAGCUGUGAGGGCCGGGGGCGGCGCGGAGCCCCAGGCAGCGCGCGUCCACUUGCCGGCCGCCCCGCGCGCCCUCGCCGAGCCCACGCGGGCCCUCAUUAGAUUGUUUUCUUCCCAGAGCACAGGGUCGUGAUGUAUACAUCUAAAUAGCGUUUUGCAUUAUUUCUAGAUGAGUGCAACUGUCAAAGCAAUAUGGGUUCACUGGCCGUGCUUCCUGCGGGCUGGGCGCAGGCUCCGUGCCGCCCGUCUGCGCGCAGAUUGAGGCUGACAGUGCCCGGCCCCGCGCUGCCCGCGCGCCUCUAAUUGCCCCGCUGCGACCUCCCGGCGCAGGACCGAGCGGCGUCUGCGCGGUCUUACCGCCCGCCUCCGCCUGCCCUGCACCUGCCCCGCCGCCUGCCCCGGCUCAACCCACUCUGCUCAGUGGCAGGGUGGUGAGGUUUUGCCUGGGGACGAGCUCUGUCCCUCUCCAUCCAUUUCACUCUCCCUUUCUAGCACCUCCAUCCCUCGCUGUCUCCUCCUGGGGUGUGU